AUGGCUUCUCUGCGGUUAUUCUCCCGUCCUGCAGCUGCUCUGUCAGCUGCACCACGGACCCUUCCUCGGCUGGUCCGAUUUCAAUCCACCUCCAGCAGCUACGAAAACAUUCUAGUAUCUACUCCCAGGCCAGGUGUUGGGCUCAUCACACUCAAUCGUCCGAAGGCGCUGAACGCCCUCUCCAGCGCGUUAUUUGUGGAAUUAAAUGAUGCUCUCAAGAAAUAUGAAGAGGACAAGGACAUCGGUGCCAUUGUUUUGACAGGAAGCGACAAAGCAUUUGCAGCCGGCGCCGACAUCAAAGAAAUGGCCCCCUUGACCUUCUCCGAUGCCUAUGUCAAUAAUUUCAUCGCUCCCUGGUCCUAUAUGAUGACCUUGCGAAAACCGGUCAUUGCAGCGGUAUCGGGGCAUGCUCUUGGUGGUGGCUGCGAGCUUGCUAUGAUGUGCGAUAUUCUAUACUGCACGAAAACCGCAAACUUUGGACAACCUGAGAUCAAGCUUGGGACCAUCCCAGGCGCCGGAGGUUCUCAGCGCCUCACCGCAGCUAUUGGGAAGAGCAAAGCCAUGGAACUUAUUCUCACGGGCAACAACUUCAGCGGUGAGGAGGCCGAGAAACAUGGUCUAGCUGCCAAAGCCUUCGAGGGGGGGAACAAAGAGGUCCUUGAGGGUGCUCUGAACACAGCCGAAAAGAUCGCCAGCUACAGUCGGGUGGCUGUCAUCGCGGCCAAGGAAGUUGUCAAUAAAAGUCAAGACCUUGGGGUGCGAGAGGGUGUCGAAUACGAACGGCGUAUCUUCCACAGCUUGUUCGGCAGUCAAGAUCAGAAAAUCGGCAUGAAGGCCUUCGCGGAGAAGAAAAAAGCAGAGUGGACGAACUCAUGA